AUAAAUUUAAUCGCAAUCAUCGCAACCCCCAGAAACCUCUGUCCCCAAUCCCCGCCAGGAUCGAGCCAACUCGCGCGCCCUUGAUCAGACCGCAGCUUUCCCGCACGAGCAACAGAAUAUCUCUCAAUGGCCAAUCUAACCACACCAUCGCAUCCUUACUACCCCAUCGAGGCUCAGCUCGUUGGAUAUCUGGCAAAUGAAUGGUCCGUGCCGGUCUUGGUCGGAGGAUUUGCGGUAUCAUGGGGGUUGAUCUUGCUGGUGACGCUCGGGAUUGUCUCGUAUGUGCGUCCGAGCUUGCCAAAGGCAGAUAAGCUCGCAGUGCUGUGGUUUGUUCUCAGUGGAAGCAUCCAUCUUUUCUUCGAAGGAUAUUUCGUUCUCAACCACACUCGCAUGGCCCCUGCGCAAGAUCUCUUCGGCCAGCUGUGGAAGGAAUACUCUCUUUCUGAUUCUCGGUAUUUGACUUCUGAUCCGUUCGUGCUCUGCAUGGAGACUAUCACUGCCGUGUUAUGGGGACCGUUGUGCUUCAUCCUCGCCUACUUGAUCACCACGGAAUCCUCCCUUCGUCAUCCGUUGCAAUUGAUCGUCUCCGUCGGCCAAAUCUACGGUGAUAUCUUGUACUACGCCACCAGCAUGUUUGACCAUUACCAUAAUGGAUUGAGCUACUGCCGUCCUGAGGCCUAUUAUUUCUGGUGCUACUACUUUUUCAUGAACUUCAUCUGGAUCGUGAUCCCAUCUCAUUACGUCAAGUCGAGCAUCUGCGUUAUGUCGAGAGCGGUCAAACAAAUGCAAGAGACGGUCAAGGCCCGCAAGUUAAACUAGCGGUGGCGAAUAGAAUUGGAGUUUGCGGAUCAGCAUUGCCUUGUCAUAGAUAUCUCUCCGUUUGUAGAGCUGUUUCUUUAAUCCAAUUACCCGCUUUUUAAUUGAUAAUUCGCACUCCAGGGGCAUGGGGAAAAGUUCAAUCAAGGCCGAAUCGGAACCGCUUUAGGUUUAGACGACGAGUACACUUCUAGAUUUUUAU